AGCCGCUUGGCAGUCUGUCCUCAGUCCCUCCCGGUCGCUCAGCUGUGCGUCACAUGUCGGGCGCCGCGAGUUCUUCUCCCGUGCGGAUCGCUAUUAAACGUUCGAGUCUAACGACCCGGCUAGGACGCCGUCUAGCACCGGACCUCCGUCUAACGUCGGCGCGCGUUAGCCACGUAUUAUUAUGCUGUCAGCCGUGUGCACGCCAACACAUCGCCACGAAUCGAUCACGAAGUGCCUCGAAUAUGCGGACGGCGUGACGAACGCGGGCGACGGUGCACGCCGCUUUGUUGAUACGCUGAGUUCUGUGUUCAGGCCGCGGAGGCCGCCGCGUCCCUUCGGCGUUUAAGCGCGCGCGAAAGAGAGAGAGAUAGAGAGAUUCCUGCGGGACUCCGAUCCUCUCCACCCCUCCCCCCGCCCUCCCACUACCCCUCCGGCGCGCUCCUCCGCGAGUUUUAAACACUGCCACCGCCGUCGGUGGCAGGUACACGACGACGGCGACGAAGACGACGGCGUGAUUGGUGCGUGACGAGGGAAGCUGCUGGCUGCUGCUGGUCGGUACGAUGACCUAAAGCGGGAUAACAGAGAUAGAGCGAGAGAAAGCGAGUCCCGAGCUGCUCUCCUUAGGAAUUCACGCUCGUGGCGUGCGGCGUGUUCGACGCGCCGCUGCUGCUCCUGCUGUUGCUGCUGUGAUCACCGCGAAUUUAAAGGGAUCGACUCCCUUUUUUUUCUGUCCAGAAGUGCGCGCGUGACGUCAACUUCCGGCGAGCAGCGUGUCUCUCGUAGGCGUGCGUGCGUGCGUGUUCGUGCGCGUUGCUAUGCACUUUGAAUUUUGAACUUUUGCGUUCCGUACGCGUGGCUCCCUGCAUCCGACGACGUGACUCUACGGUGGUGGAUCGUUUACCGUCAACUCCACGGCAGCCGUCCCUACGAACACUGGUGAGAACCGAGAGAAAGCGAGAGAGGGAGAGCGAAAGAGACACAAAGUGUCCCGAAACAAUAAGUGUCAAGUGGACGGGAGCACGUGAAUCGUCGCGUGAAUGUUUCGUGUGGCGUCACGCGUCCAACGACGACGAGUGUUGCCUCGCGCAACGGGACUCCGCGCGAGAAAACGAUCGGCAAGAGCGAUCGAGUGAUCCUUCGCUGCGAAGAAGAAGAAAAGGAGGAGGUAGAAGAAAGAAGAGCGUGAGACAAGAAGCCUACCGAUUUCUGCGCAAAAAAAACCGAGUGAUAUCGCGUCGCUUCUAGUAGAAGUUGCAAAUAAUGUCGACGGGUAAGAGGCUGGCGAAGCGCAGCAUAAUCGGCACCAGGGUGUGCGCUCCCGGUCAGGACGGCAAAUAUUACAGCGGCGCCAUUUGCGCUGUGAAGACGCCGCAGACCGCCGAGCAGUCGCCGGGCCAGAAGAGCGUCACGUCCAAGACCUUGUACUCCGUGCGCUUCGACAUCACGGGCGGCAGCCCACCGAGCCCCAAGGAGUACUCGGACCGCGAUCUCAUCGGGCCGGGCUUCGGUUCCGUCACUGGCGCGCGGCUGGUACCCGGUCAGAAGGUUUAUCUAACGUACAACGGUAGGGAGAUCCACGCGGAGGUCACGGAGCAUCGCCAGCAUCUCGACGAGGUGGACGUGGUCAUUGCCCCGAACGGACAGGAGGGUACAAUGAGCCUAACCAAACGUAUAGACGAGAUCAGGUUGCUCGAAUCACGUAAGAGCGCACGACUCGCCGAUCAGGACACGGAUUUCGCCAGGCUUGCCGAUAUGGCUGGCGAUCGUAAGCGAGCGUCCUCCCACUCUAUCGACGUGCCACACGUGAUGGCAUCCAGGAAACGACGGCCAAGCUCGAACAAUGAUUCCGAACGGGCGUACAGCGGUUGGGGCGAGAGGGUGCUCUGCGGACGUGAGGGUUGUCGCACCAACGAACGCGGUGAUUGCAUGGACGAAUGCGCUGCCGCCCUGGUCCUUAUGUCGCUCUCGUGCUCACCUCACAGUCCUCACAACCCCCCGCCACUUCACUGCCAAUACAAUUACGGUUCCUGGGGGAGUCGUGGAGGCGGAGGCGGCGGCAUGAUCGCCGGCUCACCGGGAGUCGGCGGUAUGUCAAAUAGCAGUAGCAGCAGCGGGGCUUCCUGGCGAAGUGGCACUCCCAGCCCACCCCUAAGCGAGGAGGGUGUACCGACGAGGAGUUCCCCGUGUCCAGCGACCUCGCAUCCCUCGCACAAUCAGCCACACUACCCCUACAACGCGUCCGGCUCGUCGUCGAGCAGCACCCCGGGCUCGACUACGUUGGAUGAAGGAAUAGUACCAGACUAUAUCGAAGAGCAACACCCACGCAAAAAGAUUCGAGCGAAAGUCAACCAGGACCCAAUCGAGACGGAGCCAGGCGCUUGCGCGACUUUCGAAAGCGAACAGGCGAACGCGGCAGUGGUCUUCAAGUGCACUUGGCCCGGCUGCCUGGAAAUCAAAGCGACUGUUGCGCUUAUUGAGGAACAUGUGCGCCAGUCACAUCUGGGUCCAAAGAAAUCCAAAGGAUGCGACAGCGAGGACGACAUGUCCGUUCACGAGGAGGAAUUCUAUUAUCAGGAAGUUGCUGUGGAUCACAUGAGCUCGCCUCCAACGAUGUCUCACCGGGACAUGGCAAGACCGCCGCACGAGGAUCCGGAGUAUCAGAAGCAGCUUCGUCUCGAGGCAACUCCUGCCGCGAGCACCUUCAUCGAGAACGUAAUGGUCGGUGUCCGGGAACCGAGCAACGCGUUUACGAUCUCGCAAUCGCCGGGUACGCCCAAUAAACACAUCAAACUGUCCCCACGGCCAUUGCAAGCGUGUCAUCAACAGAACAUGACAGUGUCCACGGGCAAGCCGUCCUCUCCGCGGCGAACCCGCAGCGACGUUAAGAAAUGUCGCAAAAUCUACGGUAUGGAUUCACGCGACCUCUGGUGCACUCAGUGCAGGUGGAAGAAGGCUUGCACCCGUUUCUGCAGCGAAUAGGCCAAGCGUCCGCCCCGUUCGUACGUCCGUGGGCGGAAACCCUUGUCAAGUCGACCCCAGAGUUUGCCAAUGCUACGUUGAACGUUAACACCAACUGCCAAAUGCCAAUCAUCGUCGAAGACACGGCGUCGAAAAUAAAAGCUCCUCGCAUUUGGAGCACGAGACGCGAAACCGCUAACUAUCGCCGGUUGUAAGCGAAAAGUGUCACCCUAUCGAGUUAUUCCAGCAUAUACCGAGAGCUCUCAAAAAAAAAAAGAGUAAAAUGCAAAGCUCGUAAAAGCAGCAUCUCUUCCUCGUUUCUCUGUUUAUCGUCUUGAAAACGGUUCGCACGAGUUUCAAAGAAAAACAUGACUCCACAAUUACGGUUGGCGGAUAGCUCUAUAGGGCGAAUAUUCGUGCAUGAUAUAACAUCUUUCUAGUGCUCAUAGAGAAAAUUAACGAUAUAAGAGAUUUUAUCUGACCGAUUUCCGCCCGUUCGUGUUUUGCACUUGGCAAACUCCGACAACGGGUCCCUUAGCCGUAACGAGGGACUUUACGAUUAAUAGAUAGCGAAUAAUUGGCGUGCGGAGCAGAGGCGACCUCAGACUGUUGCAUUCUCUCGCUCCCAACUCGCCUGACAAAGAGAACCUUUUGGUUCGGUACGAAUGAGAUAUGUACUCGCAUUCGGAGCGAGCAUGCAUGUCCUUCGAAGUGCUGAUUCCCGAACCGUCUCUUAGGUCAUUGCAAUAGAUCUUCCUUCUUCCGCCGAGAGCGCGAACGUUAACGCGCUCUCGGUAAUGAUGGAACUAAAAAAAAAAAGGCGUUAGAUCGAUCCUCAGGGACGCCGUCCGGCCGAUCCUUGGGGAUUGAGCGAUCGAAUCUAACGAACGAAGGGAAGACCGGCGAAAUCAAUGUCCGAUCUGACCGAUGUUCAAUGCUAAACGAACGCAGACAAGCAAGAUUGGUAAGUCUCGCGUGGAACAGAGUUGCUAAUUGUGAUAUUGUAUCUAAAUUUAUUGGAUCUGCCGCGAAUCGAGCAGGAGAGCGCAAAGGCGUAUGAAGAAAUGAGAAAAGAGGAAAGUUUAAAAAAAAGAAACCAAAAUUUUAUACACCAAUUAUACUGCCAGAUAAAUAAUUCAAAAAAUUGUUGUUCAGCCUCUCUCUCGCGCGUUAAAGAGGCACUAUAUGUUGCACGGCAUGCGUCGCCGUAUACAUCGGGCUUAGCCUUGUUAGCCUUCUGACGACCUAAGACCGUGUUCGCCAACAAAGGAGCUGCACGCGCGUAUUGGGGUAGGGCCACGCAGUUGAAUCGAUCGAUUUAAACAUUUAAUGUGAAGGUUUCGCUCCAAAUCACACAUAUACGCAUGCACUCAUUAAACUCACAUGUACACUUACAUAUAUACAUGUAAAUCGCGAGCGCGAAGAAUGAUGACAUCACAUUUGUACAGUCUAAUCUACGUCAUUUCUUAUACUCCUUUCUCGCUUCGGAUCGUUCGCGGGACGAUUUAUUCACUCGAAUCGAUUAUUUCGAAAUAUGUUUGAUCUCGAUAAUUUUUCUAAUGUAGCGAUAACGAAUGGACACUUGCAAAUUUUAUAUGUUAACGGAUUUGAUGAACUUUGCAAGUAAGCGCCGUGUCUUAAGAAGAUUCAGCAUUAAUGACUCCUGAUUUUUCAUCGUAGUCGACUGAAUUACAUCGGAAACAAAAAUCGGAUUUUAUUUGAAAUCAUAAGAAUGUUUUUUAUACACUCAACUAAAAUUCUUUUAGACACAAAUCAUAUUAAAAUAAAUUUAUAAAUAUAAUUAUAUACUUUUUUAUAUGUAUAUACGUAUUUAUAUAUAUUUAUGUAACUGUAUUUAUAUUGACAUAUAUGUUAUUUACAAAUUUAUUUUAACUAUUUUUAAUUGAUCAAAAUAUUUAGCUAUCGAAAACGAAAGAACGAAAGAAAAAUAUUAUUAACCAUAGACUUGUAGUUAAAAAAAAAAUAAAAUUUAUUAAAACGUAUAAUACGAAAAAAAAUUUACAUGAUUUUUUAAAAAUAUUUUUAAUUUAAUCCAACAUGGCUGCUAUGAGAAAUCAAGAGUAUUAAUAUUUAAUGCAAUAAAUGACAAAAGUAUUCGUAUUUGACGGAAGAAAAUCGGCGAGACGUCGCAAUGUAUACUAUACUAAAUAUAGUGCAGAAUACAUUAAAAGGCGACACUCGCUAAUGAAAGUUUCUUCCAAUUUCCCGAUCGUUGUUCAUACGUUAGUAUAAUUAUCUUGUAUAUUUAAUAUAAUUAUAACCUUGUACAUUAUGUCUUGUAUAUUACGUGUAUUAUCUUGUAUAGCCCCUCGUUUUUUUUUUAUAAUUAUUGAACUUAAUGUAUUAAGAAUUAGAAUAUUGCUGUUGUUUAUUAAUAAUCACGACACGGGGUUUAGAUUUUAUUAAUAUAAAAAGUGUCAAUUCUGUUGACAAAUUGCGCUAAUUCAAACUCAAUGAUUCGAGAGUUUAACUCGGAAAAAGAUCGAUAAUUCUCGUAAAAAUGGUGAUGGAUUACCUUUGUGUUCAAAACGGUAGGCAUCGCAUUGUCAGUAUUUCCCGAUUUUUUUGUCAAUCGUUUCGAAAAAAAAAUCGUAAUUUUUUAAAAAAUUGUCAGUAGCGAUUGUGCUAUUUAACGCAAUGUUGUCGUCGCACGGAAAAGAUUUUUUUUUCUCAUAUAAAUCUAAUGACGAACAACUCGUAUAUUACAAGAUAUUACGGCUGAUUGUAACUGUCUAUCAAAGUUGAUCACAUUUUAUGAAUUUAUGAAAUAACAGCACUCAAAUGAUAAUCACAGUGUUCGUACCAGAGAUGAGAUGCUGAGAUCUUGAUCAUAGUCAAUUUUUUACAUCGUGUUCACAAUCACGUAGAGAAUCGUUAUAAAGUCUACUUGCAAACUAGAGAGUAACAUACAAUUACAGAUAGCAUAGAAAAAUAAUUGCCGUCCAUGUAGGUUCCUUACUGCUAUCAAAAUUGUUACACUCGAUUAUAUAGACACAAUACCGAGGACAAUACGCGAACGGAAACUGCUGAGGAGUGAUAUUAUCACUUAAUACUUAAUUAUUAUGACUUUCUGCUAUCACUUUAUUCUAUGCAAUCUGUAUGCAUAAUGUUAAACAGUGCGGCGGUAACAUUGAGACUUUUAAUAAUACUGAAGAGAAAUUAUUUUUAAAACUCUACAAGGCGUAGGAUUAAUUUUUUCGUCGUAAAGUAUUUUUUUUUUAAUAUCAUUUUUAAAGAAUUUUAUAAGUUCCGUACACGAUAUACUAAAUAGAAUAUUUUUUAUUACGUCCGAUCCUUCAUUGAAUUUCGACAUUUUCAGAUUUAUAUUUUCAUUCGCGUUUUUUUCGGACGCGUGCAGUUGGCGGCAAGUAUGGCUUCGUGUCUGACGGUAGACAUUUCUGUGCUCAAUUGCAUCGUUGCGUUUGAAUGUAUUUGAUACCGUCUGAUACUUGUAUGAGCUUGAAUUGAAAGAUAAAUAAUGAUUCAUGCAAAAUGUGGAGAACAAUUAAAAGAAUAGUAUGGGUCUUUUUACCCAACAGUCAUGACACACGAAUUCAAAUGUGAUUUAUUUCACUUGAUAAUGUCUUUGAAUGUAAUUCUCGUUUGAUGUGAAGACAUACGUGACGCUGAGUGUACUACAUUAGGCGAAUUUGAAAGAAAUAUUAAAACGGGAAUCGAUUAAAAGGACGUUGGCGAAAGGACAAAUAACGGAUUGGAUCGUCUUACAUUUCGCGGUAGUAAUAAUUCAACCUCCUAGCUGAUCGUUUAAGCUUCCGACUCCGUUAACCACGGCGCGAUGUGAAUUCGUUACGCGAGAUCGUGUCUGUCGUCAGCAAACACGACACACAAAUACACGAAAACACACGCAGCAAUAAAUUUCCGAUGGUCUCUCAGAAAUUCGUAUGAUUUAUUGUUGAUCCCACUUCUGCACGAUGACACGGAACGACAGAUCGUGUGCUAGGCUCGAGUGUCACUCGACAUGGGUAUCGCGUUGGAGAGAAUUUUGGUGGACAUACCUAUCCGCGGGAUGGCACUUCGCGAAUGUAAACAAGUACAAGUUUAUUAACUGUGCCAUUACGUAUGCCAAAUAUUCUCUAAUUCUAUCCUCACCCUCGCGCGAAGGAACAAGCGAGAAAGGGAAGAAAGAGGGUGAGGAAAAACGGACAAGGAGUUUCAAAACAUUCGUAACGAAAGCUUUACACAGACUUAAAGAUACCUCAGGUUUAUUUCAUACGAACGUACAGCAUACACACCUCGUCGUCUUGUUCGAAGCGACCGACCGGUAGAGAUUAUUUCUUUUAUCGCACCGUUCUCCACAACGGCGAAAACAAUCCGCCGUACGUCACGUCGCUUCGGGUGCGGACGACUGACUGACGAACACCGAACGCUACAAAAUAAUAUGUAUCUCUCUCGCGAUAUUAAUGUCAAUAUUUACUUAGUCAAAGCUCCCGUCGCGACAGGGUUGUCCCGUCGCGACGCGGCGGUUCGGGAUACCGUGUAAUAUACAUUAGCGAAUACACCGCGGGGAUUUGUUUAAUCGGCGGCCUGAAGAAACUUUCGAGAUCGCGACGAGUCGUCGCCGCGCAGCCUAAAUCAGACGACUUCCCGGUUGAUGACGAGCAACGCGCGAGCCCUCGCGUCGUCGUCCGAGGCUGUUUGAUCGUUGGCCGCUCGGACGUCGAUCGCGUCGCUCGAGACGAAAAUUUGUCGCCGAAAAUUGAUCGACAAGCGGGACAACACGUUUGCGUUUGUGCGUUUGAGCGUUUGAGCGUUUGAGCGGAGGAACGACCGUACGCAUCGAGCUUGAGAAAACUCGCAUUUCUCUCGCUCUCUCGAAAAAGCCAGCUGCGCUGCAUACAAUUCGCAAUAACCGCAAAAAUUUCCCCGAUUCAAUCAGAUCAGUAUCGGGCUUUCGAUCGAUUCGACGGGCGGGCCAGUCGUUUACACGCGAGCGAUCGCCUGUGACCGCGAGGGAAUGGGAGAAGAAGGGAUGAAACGUCCCGAAUUAUUCGGGAAAAGAGAGAGAGAGAGAGAGAGAGAGAUACCCACCCUGUCAACGGUACACGACGAUCGCUUCGCACAGGGAGGGUUGAUUUACCGAUACGGAGCUCUGUCCAGCAUCGUUCGCCGAGAUACCGAAAGAAGGAUUGUGUUGCGGGUUAGAAAGUUAAAUGGCCGGGAUUAUCAUACCAAAACGGAUCUCAUAUCGAUUUAAUGAAGUGUAAUUUUUUUUCUCACACGGUAUGUACGGCCGAGCCCCAGCUUGCCGAACGGCAGCGCGUCGCCGUACUCCAGAUUGUAUCGUGAAGAAAAUUAUUAGUGACGCGAACGGUAAAAUCUGCUGUACGCGACCUGGGGAUGGCGUUUACGGAGGUGGGUGGCUUUUUGAGAGAUCGUAGCUCAACGAGCUUAGACUAUUUGCGCUAGACCGGCCGUACAGCGCGCGAAGACAUAUUAUUAUUAAUAUUAUAUUAUAUUAUAUAUUAUAUGAUUAUUAUUAUUAUUAAUUUUUAUUAUUAAUAAUUAUUAUUGCAUCCAUCGUCGUCGUCAUCUUCAUCUUAACCCUUAAUACAAUGAUUAGCGUUACUCACAGUACGUUAAGUAAUUGUUAAAAGCGCGAAAUCUUUAUUAAUAUUAUGUUAGAACCGUUGAUAUAUCGCCCCGCGUUUAAGAGGGUACACUUUCAGAACGGAUCGCGCGUUCGAAGUGAUCUAGAAACAUCGAGCAGACCAUGAGAUCGGAACAGUCUCGCAAGACGUGCAACCAGCGACUCUAUCAUUCUUAUAUCCGUAUAAUCGCUGCAAGGAAAGCUUCUAUUUAUCGAUAAUGCGUAUAAUUAUAACGCUGUGGUUAUGUCGCAUUAUUUGACACUCGAUUAUUCUAACGUAUAUGACUGAGAAAUUACGAUGCAACACGUUAAUUACGUUUGAGUGUAUAAAUUUUAUCGUUAAGACAUCGUAAUAAAAGAAUCUAACAAAACCGUAUAUCCAGUUAUUAAUUCAUCUCAUCCGUAUGUAUACGUCUUCUCUCUUACUCGUAGAAUACGGCAUUCGCAAGCACGCGUCAAGAUUUUUAUUUCGGCAUGUAUCUCUCAUCUGAAAAUUGUGAUCGACAACGCGCGCAUUUUACACGCGUGUCUCAGACUCAACUAUCGUUUCUCUGUGAGAACCUGUUUUAAUUUAUUUUAUUUACGUUCGUAAAUAUACCGUUUACUUUUACCGUCCCACAAGUAAUAAUAAAAUAAAGUGACGCGAGCGACUUGGAUACAAGACACGUGGAAGAAAAAUGUAACGACAAUGCGGUUCUGCGCAACUGUUGGUCGUAUUUUGACUUUUGUGUCCUGAUAGAAUGUCACACGGGAUCGUGAAAAAUUAAAUCCGGGAUCCUUUAAGUUUUCCCGCUACUCGGGUAGACGACGAAUCCUUCCCAGUCGACACAAUUUGUAACUGCUAUAUAUUUUGAAGGAAUAAUACUUUAUAUAUAACAAAUAUUUCGUGAUAUUUAUAUCAUAAUUACUUGUAUCUAUUGCUUUCCUUUGUCUAAUAUAAAUGUUACAUAUUAUUUAUAUAACAAAUAUGUGAUGCUUCAAUACAUAGAAUUUAAGCACUGGAACUAUAUAGACGUUAUGCAAAAAAAAGUAAUUAAUUAUAAUAAGAUGAUAUAAACGUACCAUCGUAACUUUACUUUUGAAAAGGGGGUGAAAUUAUGAUAUAACUACAUUGCUGCAACUUUCACGUUAUAUAAAAUGUGAUAUUUAAACUCGUAGCUAUUAUGUAAUGAAUACAUAACUGUGUCGAUUGGGGUGAUAUGCGCGCGAAUGAUCCAGGUGAUACGUCGGCGUUGUUUCUGUGGUAACACUUUUUUUUUCUUUUCGGCUGCGAAAAGUCUCGCAGUUGUGCUCUUGCUCAAUGCACACACAUAACGUUAUAUGACAGAUUUGUGUCCGUCGGGCGCAGACAUCACCAAAAGAUAGUUCAUGUUCGUCAUCGGUCAUCAGAUAUCUCGGGUGCUCGCGUGAUAUAAUGAGACAUAAUCGCAGCUUAACUCUCGUCGCGUAAAUCUUUACAUUAGGUACUGUACGUAGCGUAUAGUCGACUUGAACACCCGUUUUACGCGAAAAAAAUAUUUCAAACGCAACCAAACCGCGAUAGCUUAAUGAUCCCAGGCGGAAUUCCCCGUGUAGGACUUUACGGUUUGCCUGGUACUGGGUUAUUACUAGCUACCAGAUUUCCAGCCCGGUAUUGACAGUCAACACUGACCCAAUGGCAUUGGAUUAUAAUCUGAUGAACUUGGAACUUGCUCAAGAAUGGCAAACGAUAAUGGUUCACGAAUAGCAAACGAUAACGACUCAAGAAUGGCAAACGAGCAAAAGAAAUUUAUAUCAAGAAGCUUUUCCGUGAAAUUAAAAUUAAUAAAGGAAAUACAGAUGAUUUUUGCACUCUUUAAAUCUGAAUCAGUGAAUAAUCACUGAUUAUUAGUAGCAUACUUGAGACCGAUAAAUCAGUGAUUAUCUUAACUUAAAAAUCAAUGAAAAAUUACUGGUAAUCAUUAAAAAGUUCUUAUUGAUCAACGUAUUAAUAAAUACACAAUAAAUUCAUUGAUUUUUCAGAUCAGAAUUAUUCACCGAUGAUCAGUGAUUAUCCACUGAUUUAGAUUUAGAGAGCAUAAAAAAAAGUUAAAUAUCAAUUAAAAAAAAAAAAUGUAGUGUUUGUACUUAUAAAUAUUAUUUUUUAUUGCAAUUAUCAAUAUAUAACUAUUUACUAGACAUGGUCCAAUAUCGUUAAUUUCUUGUUGAACACUCGAUAUUGGCUAUAACAUCGAGGAACGGCCCGUCACCGCAUGCCGUGCCGUAUUAUCGUGGAAGUAAAUAGACUAUUUGCCAGCAAUAGCCCAGUGUUCAGUGGCAGAUUCUUGGCCAAUGAUUAACCGCCAUAGAUUGGUGAAGCGUUGGCUCUAUUGUAAUAUCUGAUGAUCCUAUACGGGGCAUCCGUGCCGGGAUCUAUCCCUGUGCGCAUAGUAUAACGGCAAUCGCCGUGAGAAUCGCGGUUUAUAGAUAGCAAACUCUUUCGUAGACGAUUUCUAUGCGAUUUACAAGAGACGCGCAAGCACGCGGGCGCGGCCGAGAUCAUUUUCACCACGUUAAAUGCAUAUCUUGCGGACGUUGGGUCUCGCUGUUGAAUCAAACGCGUCCCGAGGCGCCUGUCGCUCUUCGGGGGUGUGAACGCAUCGCGACCGUGCUUUUACAACGGCGAUGCCCGUUCACGGAGAUCACUGUACUGCCGAAUCUUUGUAUUUUAUCCGUUCGUCGAAGUUUCCUGUCCCCGUCGAGCGUAUUAUAACGUGUCUGCUUGCGAGUCGCGCGCGCACGGCAACCUACGCGCGCAGCGCGUCAACGAAGCGAUUCGAGACGAGUGGCGGUCGACACCGCCGCGAUACGCAUUAGCGAUAAUUACCAACGAAUUGCGUGCGAAUUGCGUGCGCGCGAUGACUCGCGGUUAAACGAAGGAUAAAAUCGUGUUCGCGUAUAGCGUCAAAACAAACAGGAUCUCGCGUCGAGCGAGAUCCUUAGGAGAAGUCGUUCCAAAAAAUGCCUGUCCCUUGCAAGCUAGCGUCUGUUUCGCGACGAGUAAACGCCGUCGUUUCGUUUAAGAAUCUAAUAGCGUCUCAGCAUGUUAACCGAAUACUGUAUAGGGGAAUAAAAGUAGAAAAAAAGGAGAAGAUUGUAAACGCUGUAAAUUGCCUUCUGCAGAAAAAAAACUGGCAUACUCCGGCGCGUUAAGAUUUAAGCCGGUAGCGUAGCUUAUCACUGUAGCCGGCCAUAGGCCGGGGAACCGCAUAAUUGCACCGCCGUUUACUCAAACUUAGAGAACAUACGUACGCAGCUAAACGCGCGAAAUCCGUGUAUAUAUAAAUGCAUAGUAGUGUAUUGCGGUGUAAAGUGGUCGCGCAAGCUCCUUAGAAACCCCAGAUUUGAUAUUUUUUUUUUGCUGUACACACAUCGAGAGCAUGUACGCCUCGUGCAAUACGCGCCGCAUACACGCGGAUUAAUGGUUAUUAAUUAAUUGAUUAAUAACUAUUAAUAGUUAGAAUCGUGAUCACACGGAAAGUUUGCAAAGAUUCGUGCCGCGCAAUCGAAGAACUUCCGAUCUUUUUAAAAUUCGCAACGUUGAUUUUUUGAAACAGAAAAGAUCGACGAUCUUCCGAACAAAGAAAUUAGAAUUUUAGAAUAAAAACAACGCAUCUAUAUAUUUGAAACAAUAAUGAAGAAAAUGCAAGAAAAAAAAUUUGAGAAUAAAAAAAUUUCUUUAAAAUAAGCCUAGAAUUUCUCGGACCUCGGAAGUCCAAUCUUGCGGCACGAAUCUCACGUAAAAUUUUCCUCAGAGCAAUUGUUAUUUUUUGCGAAAGUUACAAGUUAUGUCGCUGGUAGCACUUAUGAACGCCUCCACUACGCAUACUCGUAAUACGUGACAAUAGAAUAUUUGCCGCCGAUGAACGUUAAAUUUGUCCAACGAUUAUUUUAUCGCUUAACACGAUUAACACGAUCAGUUUGCUGAGUCUCGCGGUGCAACCUUCGGCGACGAGCGUCUAAGAUUUCAAUGAACAUACACACAUACAAAUAGGACAGCUUUCGUCUGCGCGUCUCGGAGGCGGGCGAAUAUUCUGAACUAGAUGACGAUUAUAGUUUUGUUGAAACUCGACAAAGAGAGAAAAGAUACUUUGUAUUUUUCCGGAGAACUGUCCCUCUGUCUAUGCUAAGAAUCAUUAUCGCAACUUUUCGUAAUAAAAUCUAUGCGAAGGUCAGCACGAGUAUUUAAAUCGACCGUCUCCCGCACAUCGCGCCAGUGGCGAGUUUUGCCGGUACGGAAGUGAAACCAAGAAGAAACCGAGUUUUUCUCGCAACCAGCUCUUGCAACCGACAUUCCUGCUCCCGUACAUCCCGUAUCACAUUUUGCAUAAAUACAUAUAGAGAGUUAUCAUGAUUUCCAAGUAACACACACAAGGUAAAACGCCAAGGUCCCUGGGACACAAAGUCCACAACAUAUCGCGAAUCGUUGAAUCGUUGAACUUUCUCAUGCACCAAUGAUUCUUCUUAGCGAAAAAAGAAUUUAUAGUAGACAUUUAUGACAUAUUUCUUACUAUAAACCUUAAAUAUUCAUCUUUCUUUUUUAAUUUUCAAAAAUCAUCAUUAUGUUUGUGAAAAUAUAAGGUAAUCUCCCUAUUUGAGGUCAAUAUAACGAUAAUUCAAGGAUCUUUUUUAAAAGACAAACACGAGCUAAUUUUGUACUCGUACAUGCCAAAUAUUUUAUAUUUGUACAUAACAGAGACGCUUACUUUGUAGAGUAGCGCGCGAAUAAAUGAAAAGGUGUGCAGCAAAAUACAUUUUUUCAUAGAUGUAGUCCAGAAUUUUGUAGGAAUCAACAAGCAGUAGUAAUCUCUCUGCUUUCGAUUUUGCGAUUCCCAUUGUUUCAAAGAUUUCAGAGAUCUCAAAAAUGAGGCUGCGCCAUUCGAAAGAGGCAAUAUAUAACUGUCGUUUUCAAUUAUCACAUGCAAUAAUGGAUUUGUCGGUUCGUGCUAGGACCAAAUGCAUGAGAGGUUUAACGACCCGUAUGACAAAAUGACAACAUUGUUUAAUGUGCAAAUUUAUUUUUGUCUCGUAUUGUUGACCGAUUAUGAGCAUCGACGUUUCAGUUAAAAAACCAUUAUUUAUAUAAUAUGUAAGUCUGUUAUAUGGCUCUGCUCAUUAUAAAAAACCUCACUUUUGUCAUUUAUGUUAUUUUUUAAAUAUAUAUCAUAAGUACAUUUUUAAUUUCUCACACGCGAGCGUUUUCCUUAAGUUUGUUGAUAAUCGAUAUGUAAGCGCAUGUGAUUCACGGAAAAGCUUCUUUAUGCAAGUACUGCCUUACACAUCUUCAAUAUAUAUAUAUAUAUAUAUAUAUAUAUAUAUAUAUAUAUAUAUAUAUAUAUAUAUCAGUUAAAACAAUACAAAAGUUUACACGGUAAAAAUGUCAAUAGCUUUUUAGGCGUCUUUACGACACCUUUUAAACUUUUGUGUUGUUUGUGAGAGACUUUAAGAGAAAAGCCAGUCACGUUAAAAGAACAUGUAAUAUACAUCUAUAGAUUCAAGUUGCAAAAUUGUCAUUGCGCAUAUAUCAUCUCGCUUCUGCGAUUCGCUGUAAACAAUGACGCCCAUUUCUAAUCGCUUUAAAAAAUAAUUACUGGACGGAUUAACGGCAGCUCUGCGACAUCUCGCUUAGCGCAAGAAAUACUGCGAUAAACUAUAAUUAUAAAACGGGAAAGAAAGAGUUAAGACGAGACGAGUGGAAUGUCCAAGAGUGUCGUGCGUUUAAGCGAAAAUAUGCGUUUAGAAGUUAACAUAAUUAUAUGAGAGAAAUACAGAAAAAUAUAUUAUAUUAAAAAUAUUUAAAAAUUACGGAUUCUCUUUCUGAAAUUAAGUUUCGCUUUGAGAUUUAUUACAAGUUGAUAUUACAUAUGACACAUUGUAAUCGUUUGAAAAAAAGAUCAACUUAUAUUAUUAGUGUGGUUUUGUUCUUAUUAAUUUUACGAGUAGCAAAAAUCUUGAUUUAAACAUUUUAUUGUACGUUGAAACGCGAAGUAAUGGCGAUCGACUGUAAAAACUCUCGUUCUGUUGCGAACAAAUAAAUAGAUAUUUAACGACAAAAAAAAAGAAAUCGCAAUCUAUCAGAACGCUAAUCGAAUUACUGUAUAAGUCUUUCGAAAUCAUUAUUGUUAUAAAAAUGCAUAUUAAAAAUAAUAAUAUCAGGCUAGGGCAUAGUAGUUAAUUGUUGACGACGACGAUGACGACAACGACGACGACGCGAUGACGAUAAAGAGAGAUAAUAAUAUACCCCAGACAUAUGAUUAAUAUUUUAUUGAACCUUAUAUUUUAUUAAUUAUUAUAUAUAUAUAUAUAUACACACACAUCAAACAUAAAACUAUAUCGAUACGAUUAUGUAUAAAUGCUACAUAUACGUAUAGAAUAUAUGUUAUUACAAAUUC